AUGCGUACCAUUGUUUUCACUCUGGCUGGUGUUACAGGGGUUGCGGCCAUGGGAAGCGCAGUCGUGUUGAAUCUGUCAAAGAGGACGAUCUAUGUGUGGGCGGUUGGUGGUUCCAUCGGGCCUCGACAAACAAUUUCCCCAGGCGGUGUGUAUAGGGAGGAUCUGCGUCGCGACGAGAAAUCUGGAGGUGUAGCGAUGAAGAUCACUAAUAGUGUGGACGGUUUAUUCUCUGGGGAUCCCCAGCAAGUGUUCGCGUACAAUAUCGACGGGGAUCAAGUCUGGUAUGAUCUGAGCACUGUCUUUGGUGAGCCAUUUCUUGGUGAUCGGCUCGAGGUUACGAGCACGACUGGCGAUUCCAUUGUCUGGCCCAAAGGGUGUCAUCCAGGCGGCAGCCAGGUCAAAGUGGCUCCCAGUGAGGAGAACGUCUGGUUCACCGUUUACGCGGCUGAAUGA